CCCUCCUCCCCCCCUCCCCCCCCCCCCCUCCCUCCCUCCUCCCUCCCUCCUCCCUGCCCCCCUUUUGAGAGAGAGAGAGAGAGAGAGAGAGAGAGAGAGAGAGAGAGAGAGAGAGAGAGGGGGAGAGAUCUCUUUAUAUUACUUUAUUAG